AUCAUGUCGUUAAUUUCUAUUGACCCUUCUUUUCCAAGGACCCAAAAACAUCCAACUAGCUGACUUAAGGUGUUUCAUCAUAGUGAAAAUGCCUUGAUCCAAUAAUGUUGGUGUCGCACGUCUUGUGAUGAUAUUGACAGAACCUUGUGGCAUCCUCUUUGCAUCAAAUUUACGGUAGCCAUGGAUUGGUACUCAUGGUUAUCAAAAACAAAUCUAGACCCAUAUUUAGUUUAUGAAUAUGGAAGAACAUUCACGCAUAAUGAGCUUCAAAGAGGAGACACGCUGUAUUUCAACCACGAGUUUCUUCAAAGCAUGGGAGUCUUGGUUGCCAAACACAGGUUAGAAAUAAUAAAUCUUGCAAGAAACAACAUAGGAGGGUGUCGCAAGAACGGUUUCUCCAAGAUUGUGUCUGCCAUUGUGAAGACAAGAUUGCUUCUCUCCAAGAAACUUGGAAGAUUUGUUUCAAGUAAACGGUCGGUUAAUAGGCCCAUGAAUCCUUUUCGACCACAGUGGCCGAGUAGUAAUUUAAGAAAGAACAUGGGAUUUGGGGAGGUUAAGGAAGAAAAAGGGAAGAAAAUGAUGAAAUCUGGACCCUUGGAUGGAAGAUUAGAUGAGAGUUGUAUGACUCCGAAAAGGGUUUUUAGCGUUUCCGGGCCGAUGGAUGUGGGGAACAGUCCAAGGAUUGGGAUUCCGUGUAAUAUGAUGAAUUCAGGUGGUGAAGACGAUGAGAUGUCUUCUAUUUGGUCUAUGAUGUUUCAAGAUAUGAAACCUACUUGACCAUGGUUGCUCUUGUUCUUGCUCCUGUUAUGUUUUCUUUUUAAUAUUUCAUCAAAUGUUUAAGGAUUUCUUAUUCAUCGUUCAUGUAAGUUUUUAGAGAAUAUAUACACCAACAUAUCUGUUACACAAGAAACAA